GUUGACAGAGGGAUGGUGCUUUAAAUAUGUAAGAGACUCAUACUGUAACACUUCAACUCGGAGCAAAAUUCACAUGCAGACUCGAAUGAAAUCAUCACAAAUCAAAAGCAAACGGCGGAACACGUUGUGUUGAGGCGACACCGGUGUCAGCGUGAGGACUAUUCAAGGAAGCCACCGGGAAUAGGCUACAACUUCCAUCAUGAGCGGACCAAAACAAACCAAACCAAAGAUGGAGGACGAGGCCGUGCUGGACCGCGGGGCGUCCUUCAUCAAGCACGUCUGCGACGACGAGGAAGUCGAAGGUCACCACACCAUCUACAUCGGCGUGCGCGUUCCCAAGAGCUACCGGCGACGGCGGCGCCACGGACGCAGGCGGACCGGCCACAAGGACAGGAAGGAGAAGGUGACGGAGACGGCCUCCGACAAGUCGGACACGGAGACCAACGACGAGCCCAGCAGCAGCAUCCUCAAACCGCUCAUCUCGCCGGCGGCCGAGCGGAUCCGCUUCAUCCUGGGCGAGGAGGACGAUGGCCCGGCGCCCCCGCAGCUCUUCACCGAGCUGGACGAGCUGCUGUCCGUCGACGGCCAGGACAUGGAGUGGAAGGAGACGGCCAGGUGGAUCAAGUUUGAGGAGAAGGUGGAGAAGGGGGGCGAGCGAUGGAGCAAGCCCCACGUGGCCACGCUCUCCCUGCACAGCCUGUUCGAGCUCCGCACGUGCAUCGAGAAGGGCACCAUCCUGCUGGACCUGGAGGCUAACACUCUGCCCCAGGUGGUGGAGAUGAUCACGGACAGUCAAAUAGAGAACGGUCAGCUGAAGGCUGACCUGAAAGACAAGGUGACGUACACCUUGCUGAGGAAACAUCGUCACCAGACCAAGAAGUCCAACCUCCGGUCGCUGGCUGAGAUUGGCAAGACGGUCUCCAGCGCAAGUAGGCUGUUUUCCAACACGGACAAUGGUAGCCCUGCCACCACGCACAGGAAUAUAUCGUCCAGCAGUAUGAAUGACAUCUCUGACAAACCCGAGAAGGAUCAGCUGAAGAACAAGUUCAUGAAGAAGUUGCCCAGAGACGCAGAGGCCUCCAACGUGCUGGUGGGAGAGGUGGACUUCCUGGACGCUCCGUUCGUGGCCUUCGUGCGUCUGCAGCAGGCCGUCAUGCUGGGAGCCCUCACUGAAGUCCCUGUCCCCACAAGAUUCUUGUUCAUCCUCCUCGGUCCCAAAGGCAAAGCGAGGUCGUACCAUGAAAUUGGGAGAGCCAUUGCCACUCUCAUGUCUGAUGAGGUCUUCCACGACAUUGCGUAUAAAGCCAAGGACAGGCAGGAUCUGUUGGCUGGCAUUGACGAGUUCCUCGAUGAGGUCAUUGUCCUCCCGCCUGGAGAAUGGGACCCUACCAUCAGGAUAGAACCUCCAAAGUCUUUGCCUUCUUCAGACAAAAGGAAGAACAUGUACUCUGGAGGAGACAACUCGCAGAUGAACGGAGACACGCCCCAUGAAGGGGGCCAUGGCGGAGGGGGGCAUGCAGUGGGCGAUGAACUGAAGAGGACUGGAAAGUUUUGCGGUGGCCUUAUACUCGACAUCAAGCGCAAAGCGCCAUUCUUCGCCAGUGACUUCUACGACGCGCUGAACAUCCAGUCUCUGUCGGCCAUUUUAUUCAUUUACCUGGGGACCGUGACCAACGCCAUCACGUUCGGCGGUCUGCUGGGGGACGCCACCGACAACAUGCAGGGCGUGCUGGAGAGCUUCCUGGGCACUGCAGUCUCUGGAGCGGUCUUCUGCCUGCUGGCCGGUCAACCCCUCACCAUCCUCAGCAGUACUGGCCCCGUGCUGGUCUUCGAAAGGCUUCUCUACAAUUUCAGCCGUGAUAAUCAGUUCGACUAUCUGGAGUUCCGGCUGUGGAUCGGCUUGUGGUCGGCCUUCUUCUGCCUGGUCCUGGUGGUGACGGACGCCAGCUUCCUGGUGCAGUACUUCACCCGCUUCACCGAGGAAGGCUUCUCGUCGCUCAUCAGCUUCAUCUUCAUCUACGACGCCUUCAAGAAGAUGCUCAAGCUGGCCCACCACUACCCCAUCGACGCCGACUACAGGGCGGACCUGGUCACUCAGUACGACUGCAUGUGUAUGGCGCCCACUAUAGAUAACAGCACAGGACUAGUGCCGGACGGGAUGGACGGAAAUGACCUGUUUUUCUACAACAUCACCGACAUGCCCAUGAAUGCCACGUGGUCGUCCCUGACGCGCUCCCAGUGUCUGGAGUACAAGGGUGAGCUGGUGGGCCAGGCCUGCGGCUUUGUGCCCGACGUCACGCUCAUGUCCUUCAUCCUGUUCUUCGGCACCUACACCUGCUCCAUGGGGCUCAAGAAGUUCAAGUUCAGCCCCUUCUUCCCCACCACUGUGAGGAAGCUGAUCAGUGACUUUGCCAUCAUCCUGGCCAUCCUGAUCUUCUGUGGUGUGGACAUACUGGUGGGAGUGGACACGCCCAAGCUCAUUGUGCCUACUGAAUUCAAGCCCACCAGUUCCAAGCGUGGCUGGUUCGUGCCUCCGUUUGGGGGCAACCCCGUCUGGGUGUACGUGGCGUCGGCCCUACCUGCCCUCCUGGUCACCAUCCUCCUCUUCAUGGACCAGCAGAUCACCGCCGUCAUCGUCAACCGCAAGGAGCAUAAGUUGAAGAAAGGAGCAGGUUAUCACCUGGACCUGUUCUGGGUGGCCAUACUCAUGAUCGUGUGCUCCUUCAUGGGUCUGCCCUGGUACGUGGCCGCCACCGUCAUCUCUAUCGCCCACAUCGACAGCUUGAAGAUGGAGACCGAGACCUCGGCCCCGGGAGAGCAGCCCAAGUUCCUGGGAGUCAGGGAGCAGCGUGUCACGGGCGUAUGUGUCUUCAUCCUCACUGGCCUGUCUGUUCUGAUGUCCCCCAUCCUUAAGUUCAUCCCCAUGCCCGUGCUGUACGGAGUCUUCCUCUACAUGGGCGUGGCUUCUCUCAACGGAGUACAGUUCAUGGACCGUCUCAAGCUGCUCCUCAUGCCAGCCAAGCACCAGCCGGACCUCGUCUACCUGCGCCAUGUGCCGCUGCGCAAGGUGCACCUCUUCACCUUCCUCCAGGUGCUCUGCCUGGCUGCCCUCUGGAUCCUAAAGUCCACGGUGGCAGCCAUAAUCUUCCCCGUCAUGAUUCUGGCCCUGGUGGCCGUGAGGAAAGCCAUGGACUAUCUCUUCUCACAACAAGAACUCAGCUUCCUGGACGACGUCAUUCCCGAGAAGGACAAGAAGAAGAAGGAGGACGAGAAGAAGAAGAAAAAGAGGGGAAGCAUAGACAGUGAUGUUGAGGAUUCCGACUACCCCUUCAAUGAGAAUGUUCCCAGCAUUAAAAUCCCCAUGGACAUGAUGGAGCAGGAGCCCUUCUUAGGUGAUAAAGACAGAGAAAAGCCCACUUCCUUCCUUGAUCGGCACACCUCCUGCUGAGAGGAAAUACUACUACCAGGCCAACUCAAUGUCAAGUCCUGAAAGACUUCCAUUAAAUGUGCCUCAAAUUAGAAUAGACAUGGACCCGGAUGACAACGGAUACUUCUGGAAAAGCAGGGGCUCUGAGACGUCCCUUUAGCCCCCCCCCCCCCCCACUACCACCCUGCUGCCGUGAAGACGCCCCUGCGUGUGACACUACGGAUGACGACGGAGUCUUCGAGACAAGCAGGGGCUCGGAGAUGUCCCUUUUAGCUCCACAACACCUAUCCCUUCCGUUGUGGAGAUACACCCCUGCCAACCAGUGGACCAAACCUCACUGACCACCUUUCAGUGAAAACAACAAACGAACUCGGAAUGAUACACUGAUGGAAUAAUUAUUUGUGUGUGCGUGUGUGUGUUUCUGUGUGUGUCUGUGUGUGUGUGUGUGUGUGUGUGUGUGUGUAUUGGGGGCCUGUCUGUCUGUGUAUGUGUAGGUGUUUGUGUGUUCAUUGUGUAUUUUUUUUUUGAGGGGACCAGACAAAGGUAGAGCACCUCCCUGUCUUUUGUCUCCUGCCCAGGGGCAUGUUGUGAUCACUGUGCGAUGCACUUGAAGCUGGCAUUGAGAGCAACAAUUGGAGAGAGAGAGGGAGAGAGAGAGAGAGAGAGAGAGGAGGGGGAGAGAGAGAUAGAGAGAGAGAGAAGAGUACUUGUCUUCCACUUACUUAAGCACUCUACAUCUCAGAUGUAUGUAACUCCUAACUACUAUGCAAAUCCAGCUUGUUCAUUUCUGCUGUUUUCUAGAGAUGACCUCUCUGAGUCCCUAUGAUACUCACCACACGGUCCAAUUCUUCAUCUUUUUAUAUGUUUUUCAUCAUGAUUUGUCAAUCCAAUAUCUUCUUUUCAAUUCCUCUCCCCUCAUUUUCACAUGAGGAACUACUGUAAUUAUGUCUUUUUCCGAUUGGAGGAAAAAUAAUAUCUAUACAUACAGUAUAUAAAUAUACAUAUUGUAGCUCUACCUCUUAUUUUAGGUGGCAGGCAUUCUGUAAAGAAAAUAAUUAUAAAUGUUUUUUUUUUCUUUUGAUAUUUACAAAAGCAUGGGAUGGUAAUAAUGUUAAUAUUCUUUCUGUAUACUGUAGAGCACCUCUGGAACAGUGGAAGAGGUUUGAGUGAUGAACAAAUACCUGUGACAGAGAUAGUAAUGUGCUUUUAACGGAUCAAUUAAUAUUUGAAAAUGAAAUGUAUAUGGCAUUGCUGCUGGUUUCGUAUCUCUUACCAAUGCCUCACAAGUGGAAUAUAUUGUAACAGGUGAUUUGUCCCUUAACAAUGAAAGGUCCUGAUAUUUCUUUGGUGUAAACAUGAUUCUGAGGGGGAAAUAUAUAGAUACAGUAUAUAUAUUUUUAAAGGAUUUGGCUGUGGAAAUUUGUCAUUUAAAUAUGAUACAUUUUGCACAAAAGUGACAUUUAUUCCCAUUUGUGUCUGUUGAUUAUUGCAAACAUGCUGUAGGCCAUAGGCACUCUUGACUUCUGUAGACGAUAAAGUGAACAAUGUCAUGUUUACUCACAAUACUAGAACUGCUUGUACUGCACAAACAACGAUGUACCUAAGUGGCUUAAAUGAACACGAACUGCAAGAACACCGAGUUGUUGUUCCGUGGCAUAACUCAAACGUCUCACAACAUUGUGCAUUAAUAGAAUGGGAAAGAGACCCGUAGAAGAAAAAACAAUGGUGUAGAUUUUCAGUUAUUUUUUUCAUGCUGUAAAGCACUUGCAAAAGACUCAUGUUAUCGUUUGAAAGAAUAUCCCUUUUUUAACAAAAAGAAAACAAAAUGAAAAUAUGUUUUUUUAGUUUGAUAUCAGCCACAAGAGCACGUUUUAAGUGAAGAACAAGGCACUGGGGAGAAGUGUGCAUGUGUUAAGCCAGAUGGCCUGAAGUUUUUGAGCCUUGAGUUUUAUUUUGUCCUGUGCGUCCAUCUUGGUCCUUCAAAUGUCUUUUUUCCCCAUGACUGUUCAUGUGCUUCAAUAUUUUCUUUGUCUUUUUUUCUGUCGUUCAAAAAUCAGUAGUUCUGUACAAAUGUUGUUAUAAUAGCUGAUGUAUUUUUUUUUUUUUUCAAAAUCAACUUUUAACCUUGUAAGUAUAUGAAUGAAUUUUUAACUUAUAUUUGGGGUAUAUUCUUGGGGAUAGCUGAUUUAAUCGAGAUAUCUACAGCAUUAAUGCAUGGAAGAUAAAUUCUAGCAUAUUUAACCAUGACAGUAUUAAUUCUAGUGUGUUUAAAAACCUUUUUAAUCACAUUUUGUGACUUUAUAGAACAAACACACAGUGGUGAUUAUUCUAGAAUUUAUAUUUUUCAAAUGAAAUGAAUAUUAAAAAAUAAACAGAAUUUAUUCAAUGUCUA